AUGAAAUGGUUGUUGACUACACUAAUGUUACCAACCCUUGUUUUAAUGCAAUUUGCCUUGGAGGAGUUUAGUUUGUUUGACAAGUCGUGCCACGGUGGCCAGACAGAGUUGUAGGUUCUUUUUUUUUGUAUUUUGGUGUUUUGAGGGUUUAAUAAAUGAGUAAUAAAUCUAAUAUAUCUUCUUUAGGCUUCUAAACUUAUUAUAUAUUAGUAUUUAACUUCUUUAAAUUAAAAAAUUUUUUUUAAUUUUGAUUUUUUGGGCAUAAAAAUUAUAAUAAGUCAGUAUAAAUUAACGAAUUUUCAGUUUAAAUGGCAUGCCAUUAAUGGACCGCUGUACAACACGGCAAGUUAACUUUACUCAAACAGUAAAUGAAGAUACGUUGGUAAUGUGGUACAUGGCGAAGGUACCAGAGGUGAAAGAAACUGCAAUAUGGGUUGAGUAAGGUUCUAAACUAAAAUUUUCUAUUACUUUUUUCGGAAUAUGUACCUUGUUAUAGGUUGUUCAAAUAAUUUUGCGCUCUCUAGUUUCGCAAAUUUGCGUUGAAAGGGCGCUCAGAAUUAUUUGAACGACAAAUUAAUAGAUUUUAUAAAAAGUUGAAUUCAUUUUUUGUAUAUGUUCAUGUCACUUCAAUGUACAUCCUUCAUAAAGUAUUGUUUUAGUGCCUACUGGCGAUUCGACCAUUGUCCGCUUCGAUUCUCGAUAGUCCUAACAGAUGACAGAAAGGUGUGGGUAUCGCUGAUGGAACACAGUACAGAUCAGCCAGCUGAAUACAAUUUUACAAGUUUGUGGAAGAUUGAAAUAGACAUUACCACGGUGAACAAUACAGUAUACUUUUAUUCUUCGAAUACCGAGCCAGAGCCUCUGGCGGUCCCAAUUAAAUGCCAAAAGAUGUACCAUACGUAUAACAAGGACAAUGUUGACUACAAAGAGAUUUUUAUGACUGUUAGUAUUGUAUCAAAUUUGGAGUUUAAACGAACGGUCGAGGUUGUGAGUUUUAAAAUUUUGGUAUUUUGUUACCUAAAUUAUGAUUUUUAAAACUUAUUUUAGGACCUAUUUACCGCAUUCCUGUUCGUAUUUUACUAUCAAAAACCCUAAAGUACCAAAACAUAUGUUUUACCCUACUUUAGGCCGAAGUAGAUGGCCAUAGAAAGUAUCCAGACAAAAUAUACGACCCCAAGCUCAAGAAGGACGUCAGCACCAUAAACAAUCACAGGGAAGUGGAUACACACGAUUGUGCAGUCAAAACCAUAACCUUUAUCUUAUUCUUUGCUGGCAUAGCCACAGGCAUAGCAAUCACAGCCAUCUUGCUGAUGAUAGUGAUCAUGGUCAAGUUCCGGAACAAUCGGCCAAAGUAUUUGAAGGUUAUUGAGUUGUCGGUAAGUAGUUGAAGGUUUAUGAGUUGUCGGUGAGGUUUUGCUUGUAACAUACCGACCUCCCAAACUUGAUUUUUGAAUCUUUAGCCUGUCAACCCCCCUAAAACUCAAUUUAAAACCUCACCCACCUUACAAAACCUUUUUCAGCGCACAGUAGCCUUAAGCAGAUAUCAAAUGAUGAAACAAGAUAACUUUGAUAACGACUUCUCAAACCAAACCGAUCAAAUGGAAGCCCAGGCCAAAGACCUGAAGGCGAAACUGAAACUUAUAAAGAAGAAGAAAUCAGACCCAAAUCAGUCGAAUCCAGAAAUGGCACAAGUACGAUCCGAUAUCUCAGAAUCUACUCAAUUACCUCAGCCUUCGGAUAUCGACCGUUCUGGCACGAUCACAAAGGACGUGAAGAGAAAACCGAAUGUUAUGGAAGGUAGGCUCAGUACAUAUUAGGUUGUCCGAGAUGGUUAGAAAAACUGAAGGCAUGGCAAAGUAGGACAUAGUAGGGUAGGGUAAUGAGCUCAAUAACCUUCACCAUGGCCUACCUCGAGAAUUUUUUAAAAUUAUAAAUCAACAAGAUCAUGAUCUUUUCAGACUCAUCGGCAGUGUCAGGACGAGGGCGGAAGCGAAAACAAUAUUCGGAAGAACUGUUUUUCAGAGAACAACCUUCUUCGGCAGCUCAUGGUUCAGAUGAAGGGAUAUAG